UUCGCCUAUAUAAGUAAAGUCUACACGCAAUAUCAAGAAACAAACCAUAGCCAUAAUAUUUCUUAAAGAUAAUCUUUUUUGGUGUGAAGAACAAAAACAAAAAAAAAAUGUGUCCGGUGGAGAACAAAUGGGUCAAGGUGGGUCAAAAGGGAGCUGGUCCUGGACCGAGAAGCUCACACGCCAUGACCGUCGUUGGGAACAAAGUUUACUGUUUCGGCGGUGAGCUGAAGCCUACGAUUCAUAUCGACAACGAUCUUUACGUUUUCGAUCUCCAGAGUCAAGAAUGGUCUAUAGCUCCUGCGACAGGGGAGGCUCCUUUCCCCUGUUUUGGAGUCUCCAUGGUCACGAUCGGUACAACGAUCUACGUCUACGGUGGCCGUGAUGAUCAGCGGAAGUACAACGGUUUGUAUUCUUACGACACUGUGACUAAUGAGUGGAAAAUGUUAUCUCCUGUUGAAGAAGGGCUCCCUGGUCGUAGCUAUCAUUCAAUGGCUUGUGAUGAUCGUAAAGUUUAUGUCUUUGGUGGUGUUACUGCUAAGGGACGUGUGAACACGCUUCACGCUUACGAUGUUGUUGAUCAGAAGUGGGUUGAGUAUCCUGAUGUUUACAAGCUUGAUACAGAGACGUUAGUGUGGGAGAGGAUUGUGUGUGGGAAAGAGGAGGAGAAGCCGAGCCAACGCGGGUGGUGUGCGUUUACUGCAGCGGUUAAGGAUGGUGAGGAAGGUCUGUUGGUUCAUGGUGGGAAUUGUCCGACCAAUGAGCGGCUUGAUGAUUUGGUGUUUUGGGGUUUCUCUCAUCUUAAUGCCAAUCAAUGA